AAAAAAGGACGUGCAACCCACAAAGUGCUGACGGAUAGUUGUUCAGUAUCAACCAGGUGCGCGAACAAGCAGUAGCAAGAUUCUAAUUGAACGUUGAACUAUCUAAAGAAUAAUUUAAGUUUGACGGAACAGAUCAUUUGAUCGGAAUUAAGUCCGAUAACGAUUUGACGUGAUAACGAUGUAAAAAUUAACAUCUAUCUUCUUGUUAAGAAUCGAAGUGAUCAUAAAAAUUAUAUAUUAUAAACUCAGUGAUGUUUCUAGGAGAAACUUACAAUGAUCCAAAACUCUUUUCGAAAUAUCGAAAGGAUCCAGCAGUUACAACUACUACGGAGUUAACAAAAAUCAACAUAAUCACUAUAACUCUUUCCGAAUAUAAUCAAAAUGCUGUCGACAUAUCAUUAGUGAUCCUAGGAGUCUCUCUAAAUUUAUCAAUAAUCUUCAUUGUAGCCUUGAACUCAUUUUUACGAGUAUCGACGAGCUGCUACGUUAUCAGUCUGGUCGCUUCGAAUUUGGUAAUCAUGAUCGAGCCAUCACGAAGGAUUCUACGAUCGAUCUUCGAAUUAAAUAUUCCUAUGAAUCUCGACUACGUUUUUCACGUUAGUUUCUAUUCGUCUGUAUUAACUAUCGUGAUUCUUAGUAUCGAGAAUUAUAUCGGUUCUUGCGAAAGACACAUUUCCAUAAAUGAAUACUUCGCAAAACUAUCUAAUACAAUAAAGAGAAUAAUUUUCGUUUGGUUGGUGUCCGUCAUGAUCACAGCAAUGGAACUACAUCUUUACGAUCAUUUCGAAAGAGACGACAUGCAUGAUAUAUUCGCAGCUUCGACAAUCAUGUUUAUGGUUCUACCAUUUAUAAUUCUUGUUCUGAUUCAUUAUGCAAUCAUUUACGAACUAUUAUUGACCAAAUCGAUCGAAGGACAAUGGCGAUCAAGGGAUCUGGAUAAUUUUCGUUUGUCAAUUGGCCUGGUCUUGGCAUUUUUUCUCACUAUGGUGCCAUAUAGAAUCGCAAAGGUAAUAACGUCGUUAAAUCCAGAUGCAAUGUGGUGUUGUUCGAUUCGACAAAUGGAAAUUGUUUAUCUACUCAUUAAAAUAUUCCCUAUCGUAUCUACGAUCGUUUGUUACGUAGCAUCUGAAAAUUUUCGUAAAGGAUUCCAGAAUAUCAUAUAUUUGAAAUGCAACAAAAACUUAUGACAUUCGGUUUGAAUCAACGAAAAUAAAGAACUUUUCAUUGCUAUAACAAUUAUAAUAAUAAUCGUCAAAAUUAUAAUCAAUGAUAACAAUAACAACAACAACAACAAUAAUAAUCAUCUCAUUAAGGAUAUUUAACAAUAACAUUAUAAACCGCAUCCACUAACAUAAAACCAAAGGGACAAGGUAGUAGAAUAAGUAGCUACUACUACUACUUAUUCGUUAAGAAGGAGCAUGAGUGCAUUCUACUCGAGUUGUUUCGUGGCACAUUGCCGAAGGAAGAUGUAUCGUACGUGCCAUCUUCGAUAUAUCGGAUAAAGAGGAUACGAGGAAAAGAAACAGAGAAAAAGAAAAAGAGAGAGAGAGAGAGAAAGGAAAUCACUGGGAGUUGGAGGCGUUCGCUCGAGACGACGUUUCCGGUCUGAACGUCACCACUUCUUAACUCCUACUUUUCAACUACACCAACAAUCGUAUAAAAAAAAAAAAACAACAAUCAUUCUUCAAAUCAGUAAGUAACGUUAAAAUUAAGAAAUUUUCACAAAAAAAGAAUCUCAAUAGUCAGUGUUCAGAUUAUACAUAUUAUACAUCUUCGAGAUAUUUUUAAAAUGGAUUGAAAAAAUUUGUUGGAAAUAUACCUCGAGAUAUAUUUCAGAAUUGAUUAAAACAAAAUCUAAAAUAUUUUAUACGCUUUCGAGAUAUACGUUUUCAAGUCGAUAAGAAAAAAAAAAAGAGAGAGAAAGAAAGAAAGAAAAAAAAGAAAAGAAAAGAAAAAAGGAAAAUCAGGAGAAUCAGCAUACGUAUCUAUACAAAGCCAUUGAAAGAUAAGAUUUACGAGACACGAUAGAUAAUUCAUAUGCAGAAGACGAGAAAAAAUAUAAAUAAAAAAAAAGUAAAAAAAGAAUUCCCGAAUCGAAGCCCAUCCUAUUAUCUUAUUUUAUCGUCCGAAUUUAUGCGGGUGUUUCGAAAGAACACGAAGCCAUACUUUCAAAGUACUAAAUUUGCUUAUGAAUACGAAGUCGAACGUUGGAAUAACGAAUACGCUUGAAAAGCGAUGAUCCCAGCUAGUGAGAAAUAACAAAGCGAUAAUAAUGAUGAUGAUGAUGAGGAUGAUGAUGAUGAUGAUGAUUAGGAUGAUAAUAUUAGUAAUAAUAAUGAAUAAACGAAUGAAUGAAUGAAUGAAUUAAUGAAUGAAUACAAGUUAAGAGAAAAGCCACCUUCGUGUUUCGUGACGUUCAAUAUCGCGACGAAAUCAUAGCACGAACAUCAGAUCAUGUAAUCCACAACAAAAGGCAUCGUUUAAUCCCACUAGAAUAUUACGCAGAAAAGACUCGUAUAACUCCCACGUUUCUUUUAUUUGUGCCACGCAAAUGCAAACCCCCACGUUUUGCACGUUACUAUACAUACAAUGCUAAAUAAAAAGAUUGAAAACUGUUUCUUUUCGUGGGGACGUUCAAAAGCGAACAAAGAAAGUUCUAUCCUAAUAUGUGUCAGUAUUUAACUUUCUACAAGAUGAUCCCUGAAUUCUAUUUUAGCAAGUGAAGUACGAAUUUUUAUUUUUUUUAU